AUGGGUAUUUUAGUUGUCACUCACUGUCGUAGUGCUGAUGGGAAAUAUACAAAUCUCUAUUUAUUUAUUUUUUUGUCAUCAACUUCCUCUGCAAUUACUGACCUCUAUUUAAACGGUCAUAUAGGCAUCUAUAGCGAGCAAGGAAGGGUGGACCUCGUUCGAAUCAUGCAAAGCGGCAGUGAGAAGCGGAACGGUCAAAAGCGCCCCCGGCAUGCUGGUGAAGCAGCGGCCUCUUCACCAGCGGUAGCACUCAAACAAAAGAAACUGAAACCGAAGAAAAAGACGGAUAAUGCAGGUGAAGGGAAUGAGGACCAACUUCAGCAACGGCGGCGGCAAAAAGAGGAAAAGCGAAAUUUACCGAUUGCAUCAUCAUCACCAGCGGCAGCGCAGCAAGUGAAGAGUCCGGUGUUGGAUCAAGUGCAGGCGAAAGUCCCUACUGAAGAGUGUCGCAGCGCCCUGCUGGUCAUUGGAACAUAUCACUCCGUCAUGGCGGGGUUGCUCUACCGGCGUCGCCGCUUCGGCCUGCUUUUUUCCAUCAAGCACCAUGUCGGAUGCAUCAACGCUGUCACAGCUGGGGGCGGGGCGAAGUAUAUGGCUUCGGCGGGCACGGAUGAGCGGGUAUUUUUAUUCACCAAUAAAAGUCACAGCGUUCAAAAGCAACUGAAGCUCUUGAAAAAGAAGCAAAAACGGCAAGCGAAAAGGCUGAAGAAAGGUGGUGAACCAUGUGGGAACGGUGGGGAAAUGGAAGAAACCCUGGCUUUUGCUGGUCCUUCCGCAGAAACAAAUAGCGGCAGCAGCGCUGAGCCUCUUGCUCUCAGACUUACCGAUUUGGGUCACGUCUCACCACCCAGUGAAGUACGUUGUAUGAAGAUAACGAGUAACUCACAGCUGAUGUUGUGUGGUUGUACCGACGGGCAGCUUAUAACAUACCGCACACGUGAUUGGUCCAUCAACUCGGCUAUUCCAUUACAUGAGAAAUGCAUCUCUAGCAUUGCCCUACAUCCGGGAAGCAAUAAUGACGGCGGUUCCGGUGCGGCGCUGGCCAUUACAUGCUCGGCAGAAGACCACCAUAUUGUAGUUGUAGACUUGUUGAGGGGUCGGUUACUAAGCAAAUGGCGCUACAGUACAUCACUAGCAACAGCAAUAAGUCGAUACAGAGCCAACAAAGACAACGGUGGAAGGGAUAAUGUCGCGUCUCCGGCUGCUGCACAAACAACAAGCGACAGCGAUGAGCCCGGGAGGCCGGUGAAGCUGGCGAAGUGGGAGCGGCACGACGAGCCACGUGAGGUCCACUUCUCCCCAGUAGGUUCUUACUUCGCCGUUCUGUCCAGUCACGCUCUACUUGUUUAUGAGACGGCCACGAUGCGGGCUGUGGCGCAAUACCGGGCUCCUUCUCCGCUGCAGCCGCACAAUGAAAUGCACACCUUCUGUUUCAUGGACGAACAAACCAUAAUGAUUGGUGAUGAGUCGGGAAACAUACGAUGCUGCUGUGGGCCAUGGCAGGGGGCUUGCGUUCCGGGGAUCGUGGAACGGCGUAUUCCCCAUGGUAGUGAGGGCGGUAACGUUGGAGUUUGCGGUACUAACAACAGCAGCGGGGAUACGACUGGCAGCUUUGCCGCUGGUUCUGAUGCGUCACAGCACUCGGGACGUCACCCCACAAAGCAUUCAACGCGUGUGAAAGCACUGCAUUGUGCUGGCCGAACCCUCUUUUCAUUGGAUGCGGCGGGUGUCGCUAUCGCUUGGAAUGUGGAUAAAGGAGGCAUCAGCAGUAAUAACAGUAUCAGUGCGAGUGGCAAAAGCUCAGAUUUGAUGCUCCACUACAUCUGUAGUGCAAACUGCAGGGGUCGUGUGACGACGAUGGAUGUGUUGCGGCUGUAG